GAGGCGGGGUGGAACCAGGCUACUGUGGCCCCGGGAGAGGGCCAGGGAGAGCGCGCGGGGCGGCGCGGGGCGGGGCCAGGCCAGCCCAGCCUCGCCCCCUUCUCGUGCUGCGUGUUUUGAAGGUCACCCAGCCUCUUGUUGCUGCAGCUGCUCCCAGCCCCGCAGAACUCACUCGGUGCGCCCGGUUCCGGGGGACUCUUCCCCGCCGCCUGGAGCAGGUGCCCCACGCCGCGCUCUCUGCGGAAGAGGGACGUCGCCACCAGCCUUUAAACCAUGACCUCCUUCACGAUCCACUCCUUCCGGGAGAUGAUGAAAGUCUUGCUGAGCUCAUCCAACUUUGAUCGGGUGUUAAGUAAGGUAUAGUUGUAGAUGACAGUUCUUUCUGCAACUCCUGGAAAGGUUGUUUGUGAAAUGAAAAUAGAGGAGGAGCACACAAACAGAGGUGGCACCUUGCAUGGAGGUUUGACUGCCACACUGGUAGAUGUAGUGUCAACAGCAGCAUUGUUGUACACAGAAAGAGGAAUACCCGGGGUCAGUGUGGAUAUGAACAUUACAUACAUGUCUGCUGCUAAGACUGGGGAAGAGAUAUUGAUCACUGCUCAGAUUUUGAAGCAAGGAAGAAGUCUUGCCUUUGCCAGCGUGGAUGUAACAAACAAGGCAACGGGAAAGCUUGUGGCACAAGGCAGACAUACAAAACACCUUGGACAUUAAUAUAAGAAAAUUAUAUCUAAAAAGGAAAGUUUGUGCUUAAGAUGCUAGCAUUGAAUUUUUUUUUCUAAUUUAAGCUGUAUCAAGUCACCACGAUAUGAAGGCAGUUAAGAGGUCUACAUAAAAUGAAUUGGUCUCAGUCCCAUUCCUAGUGGACAAGUGUUCACAUUGUAAUUGGCACUAAUUCUGAGCUUGUUGCAGUCUUGGUAGAGAGACCAAAAACUGAAGAGACAGGAAGACCAAUGUAUUUCUUUUGUGCCUGAAGAUAAGGUUAAUGUUCAGGCUCACUGGUGGGACUGGGUGGGGAAGCUUUCUGCUCCCAUUCUGAACCUCUCUCAUGAAAACAUGGUUCCAGUCUCUAGGGCUGUCAGUUCAUAACCUUUAAAAAACUAAAGCAACUAACAAACUGCAUUUUUUUUUGUCCUAUGCUACCAAGUGUUAAAGUAACAGGUGUUACAAGUUUAGUAUUGCUGUUUUAAAUUAUUAAUCUGAAAUAAGAAUAUUUUGCAAAUGGGAAAUGUAAUACAUUGAGAACAUAGAUAAGUCUUUAUAUCUGGCAAAUGCCUAACUCAUUAAAAAAAUUCAAUAAAUAUUCAAGAAGUACACAUUUAAUAAAAGCUCUCAUACUACUACAUUAAGUAAGCUCAUCAGCCCGGAUGAACAAACUAUUUUCUCUGUGAAAAGUUGUAUAGUUAUAUUGUGCUAGAGCAGUGUUUCUCAACCAGUGGCUCAUGACCUCUAGGGGUGGGAUUAUGCAUCACAAAAUGCAAUCAGGAGCGUUGUGAGGUGUUGAAAAUUUCAAAACCAUUCUGAAGCAAAUUACAUUUCCAAAAUAACUUUAGCGGCAGCCAAAACCGUCAAAGUGUUUGAGGUCAAAUAGUAGUUGUAUUAGAGAGUUAUCACUGGCAUUUUUUUAUUCUUUAAUAUAAAAUGCAAGGGGGUUAACUUUUUCUAAAAUGACCAUUACCUCCUUUUUAAAAAUUAAUGUAUUUAAAUAUGGCAUAGCUCUGUAUUUAAAAAGUCUGUCAUUCUUGCCAAGGCAAAUUGACCCAGUCAGUGCUUUCUUCUUAUAUACAGUAAAAUGGGGAAAAAAAUCUUUCCUAUUUUUGCCAUUUAAUUCAUUUUUUAAAAAAAGCUUUUCCAGUGACCAGUAUCUGUUUCAUUUACAGAACUAUCAUACAUUAACCAUUUAGUGAAAAUCAAUGUUAAUGAAUAGUAUUACACCCACUUUGUUUUAACGGACUGAAAGAAAAUCUGCCAUUCUGUAAUUAUAUACCUUUGUCUUAAAUAGGCUAUUGCCUUAUCUGUGCACUGAAACAAAUCAAGCUCUGUCUGCAUGCCAUCUAAUAAAAGCCUAGGCGCUUCCCACAUGGAAUCAAAUACUGUUACUGCUGUAGAUGAGUGAAUAAUGAGGAAGUGAUGAACUGAAUAUUUUAUUUGCAAAAGUUGACUAAAUUAAUCAACUCUAUGACUAAGGUUAAAAAUUAAUCAAUAAGGUGAACUAUUGCAGCAAAUAGUUUAGCCACUGCCCUCAUAUCAGUCAAAACUUCCAUUUUCUUCAUUGCUGCUUAUGUUGGUGAGGGAAUAGAGAAUGAGCAGGUCUGUAUUCAGAAGGCAUCUGCAUAGCUUUAGAAACAGAAAUUAGACUCCACUGGGAGUCAUCCUGUGUAAUGACUGCAGGAUCAUUCCAUUAGCAUUUACUUUUGCUGUAACUCUAAUGCAGUCGUUCAUGUUGCGUUUAGUCCCUGUUGCAUAAUUAAGAAAAUGGGACAUAAGUGUUGUUAAGCAGGCCAGAUGAAUCUGUUAACUGAUUUUUAAAGUAUCUUUGAAUGUUUAUAUUCCUCACAGUUUAUGCCGUUUAAUAAAUGAAAAUGGGGUGGAGGAGAGGAAGAUGGCUUAAAAAUGUUGGGUGGUGCUGCACUUCAUAGGUUCUCUAUUCAAAUCUCUCAGCUCUUGGUCUGUAGGCCAGAACCAGACCCUUACACGACCAGGGUUGCCAAGUCUCCAGGAAUUAGAUUGUCAUGUGAUAACCUUCAGGACUAGGCAAUGCUAUGCUCCACUACCUUACUGAGAUAAUCAUUAAGUAUUUUUAAGAAUCUCAUUACUUUCAAAAGUUAUGGUGUAUGAAUUUAGCUUUUUAUGCCACACAUGCCUUUUCAUUUUCUUUUGAAAAAGAAUAUUUAGUUUCUUUAGGGAAAGACUUACUAGAAGUAUGUGAAGUGUCAUCUUUGGGUGUCAAGUGAUUUGAUUAAAAAUGUAUGUGAAGCAUUGCCAUUUAGAGUUAAAUCAGUGCUCACUACAAACAGACUUCCAUUUAGAACAAUCUGGCAGAUUGUCAAAGGCACUUCUCGUUUCCUGAAAUGUUGUUUUGAGUGUUGAGAGUUUUAGGGGAAAAACAACACCUGACUGGAAAAGAAGAGUAGUCAGUGCUGUUAGAUAACUGGAUCUCUGAUUGCCUGCACCGUCCUUGUGUCUAUGCACCCAGCUAGCCAAUUACCUACUGCCCUGAGACUGGCUUCUGUCUAAUGACUACUUACUUUCAAACACUCAUUUCUGGUCUCCGCAGAAGUAAAACUCUAGGGAAACAAAUCAUUGCUAGCAACAGUGAAUGGCUGUGGAUACAGAAGAAGAACUAUUAUUAUACAGACAGAUCAGGAGAAGUUUUAUGCUCUAGAAUAAGAAGCAUGUGUAAUGAGGUAUGGAGAAACUUAUCUGCACUAGUGUUCUCUUCAUGCUUUUCUGACUUGUCUUGUGAUUACUGCUAUCCAAGCCCUUUGGCUGUACUUAUGAAGCCUCUCGUUUUCAUCACUUCUUUUCCCCUAAUUAGCCCACAAUAGUUUCACUUGGUCUGAUCAUUUUUAUUCACUUACCUACAUUCUUCCUUUAUGUUAUAAUGCUGUUAUAAAUGUUUAUAGGAAUUAUGACAAAAUUCAGAAUUAUUUUCUAGGGGGUAGAUGCUGUAUAUCAGCUAUUCAUUCAUACCAUGUGAAUGUCAUAUUUUAGACAGUUUGACUUUAUACAUGUAACCUGUUCAAUAAAAUAGAAUUUACAUUUA